GUGAUUUCGAUCGAGUGGCCAGCGUUUUCCCCGCCAGCGGCUCACGCGCACCGUGUCACGGGUGAUGACGACGACCCGACGACGGCUAAGCGGACCGCCCGCGCCGCCGCCGGCUGCUAUUUUUAACCAUACUGGUGGAAAUUUGUAGUUGUUCGAGUGUAUGUGGGACCCUCGGUGGUACAAUGGAGGGGGGAAAAUUCUCUGAGUUUUCACGGAAAACAUUGUUCAGUUUAAUACAUUUCGAAUAAGCAAACAGACGGGAUCGCGAUUCAGUGCACGCCGCGUUAGUGCCUUUGUUUCACGCGACCAGCAAAUUUUUCGUUGCGAUUUUUUCGUUGUUUUUCACCGCGAGAAACCUCUACAGCACGCCCCGUGAAAAAAGCUAACCGACGGUGGAACAGGUGCAAAACUGCUGAAUGGAUAGUGUUUAAAAUGCUUGAAAAUUCCAACGCCAAAUGGAUUCAUCGGGAGUGCGGAAGCAUAUGCGUUCAUGAGGAGAGUGGAUUCCCCAUCGUUACGAGUCUGUGUACAUAAACUGAGAUUACGGCGAGCAGAUUAAUGAUAACAGAGAUUUAUUGUUGAAUCGUGCUGUUGUGUGUGUGUGUGUCCAGCGAAAACGAUUGGAUAUAUCGGAAGCGGAACCAAACUCGGAAUGACCACCCGGGGGAUACGGAGGAAAAAGUCAUACCUGGCGGAAAUUAAGGUGGCAGUUAUUGGAGCGCCAUGUGUUGGCAAGAGUGCGCUGACGGUACGUUUCCUCACAAAGCGCUACAUUGGCGAGUAUGACCAUCAGGCAGAGAACAGACACAAGUACGAAAUAAUGGUGGACGGAGAAGCUGUGCUGUGCGAAAUAUGGGAUACAUGUCCAAAGAUCGAAAACACCAGCGAGGCCACACUGACGGCCGGCUCGGAAGCCGUCCAGUGGGCCGACGGGCUGCUGCUGGUCUAUUCCAUCACCGAUCGGGAAUCGUUCAACUACAUACGCAAGGCGAAGGAGGACCUGCCGAGUGAUACGACACCGGUGGCGCUGGUGGGCAACAAGGUGGACAUGGUCCAUCUGCGGCAGGUUAGCACCGAUGAGGGUGAAAUCCUGGCGAAAGACUUUGAGUGUAAGUUCUUCGAAAUAUCUGCCGCCGAGCACGUGUACCAGGUGGCCGAGGCAUUCCACGACCUGUGCCGCGAGGUGAUAGCGGCCAAGCGCAAAUCCAAGCAGAGCUUCAUCGAAAAGAUCGAUCGAAUGUUGAGUGGGUCCCGGACGUACAGCCGGGGUAAAAGUGAUAGCAUUCUGCCGAAAGAGUAGGGGACGGUGCAAUGGGACGGUAUGAUAUUUGCUGUUAGGUUUAAUUGUUUGUUGGUUUGCGUGGGGUACAUUUUGCAGGUUGCGAUAUAGAUUUAAUUUAUUUCAAUUGAUUAUAGUGAUAGACAAAUAUGUGCUAGUUCAAGUGUUAGGAAAAAUAUAUUUUAAAUAUUGUGGUGGGCUGCAUGGAUUAUGCAGAUCAAACAAGUCAUAAAAUAAAUUAAUUGCUGCAUUUUUGAUUUACUGUGAAUCCUAACAAACCGUUGGCUUUAUAUUAUAUUGUUGCAGAUACCUUUAGAGUGCUAUAUUCAAAAGGCCUUUCGAACGCCUGUUGUUACGGUCGAUUUAUACCGAAAACUAAGUGUAUAAGGGGUGGAACGGGUCGAAUGUUCUGUUUUUUUCUACACACGGGAAAAAUAUUCCAAAAAUCGUGAAUGAAGUGCCA